AUGGAUGCCUGUGAAUCAACUCAAAUCGAGCGGCCUGUCGUGAUCUAUCGAUUAUACAGUAUAAAUGAGUGGAUUAUUGAUGCUAUGUUCGAUUCAGGAUUUUUACAGAAUUGCGCUCAUGGAAAAUCCAUAAACACUGACGAAGCACGAGCUACACUUCAAAAAUCAACGCCUCUGCAACACUGUCUAGUCGUCACCCCAGGUGGUACUAAAUAUUGGAUACCACAGUGCAAUGAUGCAAUCGUGCCUCACAGAGGACAGAAAUUUGAUGGGCUCAACGAAGCUGUCACUUUCUAUCGUGCCUAUGCGUCUACAGUCGGGUUUGACGUUAGGCAAAGCACAUUGUUGAAAGCAAAAGAUAAGACUGUGGUUUGGAAAUACUUGGUGUGUUCACAACAAGGCUACAAAAAUCAGUCCAACACGGUCCAAACAGUGCAUCCAAGGAGACGCAGGGUGUCUAAUCGAGUGGGAUGUAAUGCCCGGAUUGUGCUGCGAGUUGAUGGGUCUGGUAGCUACGUCAUUAAAAGUCAGCAAAAUGUAUGCGCAAUAGAAACUUAA